AUGACGAAGCCAAAUCAAAUGAGCAUUUGGUGCACAAGUUCAGAAGAACAAACAGAAUACACAGGUUUAGCAUAUAACACUCAAAUGUGGGCAUUUAUAAUUGGAACACCAUAUGUGCCCGCCAGUACAUACAAAGCUAGUACAAAUGGGGGGGAGGUUUAA